CUCCAGUGGUAUUGCAUACAAUACUAUAUGAUACUGCAUUGGGUAUGACUUAAUAUUGUAGAUGCGUAUCCGCAUAUCGCAAUUUUGUGCGCGUGUUGGUAUAUGCAGUCGCGGAGCUGCUAAGCGUUUAAUAAAGAAGGGCCAUGUAUUACUUAAUGGCACAGCCGUGAAAAGCGACAUCCCAGUGAAGAGUGGAUUGGAUCCCGGAUGCGUAUCACUCUUAAGAGCUCCUGGUCUCGGCGGCAUUAGUGUAAUGCUCCACAAGCCAGAGUGCUACUUAUCAACUUAUACCCAACGUACUGAUUUAUGGGCCAAGUCAUUAUUGAUUCCCAGCAAUCGAUCUGAAGAGGAUUUACGUGGCCAUCUAGACCCAUCACGUUUACGUAGACUAUUGUGCAUUAACCCUUUGGACUACUCCGCUAGUGGUUUGUCUUUAUUCUCUGAGGACAUCUCAUUAUUCAAUCGAUUUAAUGAUUGCGAGGAGUGUUACGAUAUAAGCUUCCGUGACACUUUGACGGAAUCUAAGCUAUGUGUUCUUCGUGGUGAAAUAUACCUUGAUGGCGAGUUAAUUCCACCACUGACAGUUGAGGUUCUGGGUGACUACAGCGCUAGGAUCAGGCUGCACGGAGGUUCCCGUAAGCUCCGUAGGAUAUGUAUGCUAGCUGGGCUUGAAAUCCGCUCUAUAAAGCGCAUAGGGCUUGGUAACCUUUGUCUAGGCAACCUUUUGUGCGGCCGCUGGUUACUCCUGCGUGGUUACCAAUUAACAUAGC